AUGGAGUAUUCUAAAACAACCAUCGCGAUUGCCGUUAUUCUUUUCGGAGCGUUGACUUAUACAUUAUACAAAAUGCUGGGCUUCGGGUCUAACCAAUUUCCAGUUGAUGGGAAGACCAUCCUGAUCACAGGCGCCUCCGAGGGAAUGGGAAGAUCGGCCGCAAUUCAGCUUGCGCAGAAAGGGGCCAACGUGGUCAUUGUCUCUCGAUCCCCCCCGAAACUUGAAGCCGCUCUUGAACUUAUCAAGGCUGCCGCUGCGGACCCCUCCAAACAACGAUUUCAUUAUAUCAGUGCGGACUUGACAAACCCCGAAGACGCCGACCGGAUCCUGGACGAGGCUACAAAGUGGAACAAUGGUGUUGCCCCCGAUACUGUUUGGUGCUGUGCCGGGUACUGUCAUCCUGGGUAUUUCAUUGAUGUCCCUAUUCAGACGUUGAGGGAACAGAUGGAUACCGUUUAUUGGACGGCCGCAUAUACUGCACAUGCUACCCUGAGGAGGUGGCUGAAACCUGUCAGUCUGGGCGAGACGCAGGUCGCUUCACCGCCAAGACAUAUCAUUUUCACGGCCUCUACUCUCAGCUUUUUCACCGUCACUGGAUACGGCCCUUACUCGCCUCCAAAAGCUGCUAUGCGAAACCUGUCCGAUGUGUUGGUGCAAGAGAUCGAGAUGUAUAAUGGUGCGCGUCGCGCGAAAGAUGCAAACGCUCCUGCCACCGAUGUCAAGAUUCAUAUUGUGUUCCCAAUGGGCAUCUCAAGCCCCGGCUUCGAAAACGAACAAAAACUAAAGCCGGACCUCACCCAUAUCAUGGAGGAAGCCGACAAGCCUCAGCAGCCAGAUGAGGUUGCAGCCAUCGCUAUUAAAGGGCUAGAAAGAGGCGAUUUCCAGAUCAUUACCAACACCAUUGGCCAGCUGAUGCGAACAAGCUCGCUUGGCGCCAGCCCUCGAAACAAUUUCUUCCUCGACACUGCGUCCAGCUGGCUCAUCAAUAUUGCUUGUCUGUUUAUAAUCCCAGAUUUGACAGGAAAGGCUUUCAAGUUUGGGAAAAAGAAUGGAAUUCCUGCGACGAAGCCAUGA